AUGGUGAACCUGCUUGGCCUACGAAAUAUAGCUAUUAAUGAUCCUAAUGCGAUGACUAUUCCUCAACCAAAUGAGCUUCUUGAGCUAGACAAUGGUAUUGCUAAUGUAGACGAAAAUGAUGUUGAUGCUCAUGAGAUAUCAAUUUGUAUUUGUCUUAUGUCUGUUUUUAUCUUGGCAAUUAAUGAUCCUUUGUUGAUGAUCUGA